CUUUCUUUUCCCCCUCCCUCCACUUUGGGUUUCUCUGGGAGGCUUUCCCUCAUCGUAUCGGCGCGCAAAAGUUAUAUAUCCGGCAUAGAAUUUUAUCGCUAUCUUAUUUUUUACUACAUUUCUUUUUACAUAUUAGAGGAGUGCAAAUCUACACAAAUCCGCCAAGAUGCCUCCCAAGAAGCAGCAGGACCAGCCUAAGAAGAAGAAGGCCACGGUCGAGGAUAAGACCUUUGGCAUGAAGAACAAAAAGGGUGGUUCGGCCAAGAAACAGAUUGCUCAGCUACAGGCUCAAGCGGCAUCCAACAAGAACGCCGAUGCGAAGAAGAAGGAAGCCGAGAAGGCCCGCAGAGAGGCUGAGAAGAAGGCCGCCGAGCAGGCCAAGAAGGAGGCCUUGGAACUGUUCAAGCCCGUGCAGGUUCAGAAGGUUCCUUUUGGUGUGGAUCCGAAAACUGUGCUUUGCGUGUUCUACAAGCAGGGUAACUGUGAGAAGGGUAAAAAGUGCAAGUUCAGUCACGACGCCAGUGUGGAGCGCAAGGCGGCUAAGAAGGAUCUGUACACCGAUUCUCGAGACGUGAAGGCGGCUGAGGAAGAGGCCAAGAAGAAAGAUACGAUUGACGACUGGGAUGAGGAGAAGCUGCGCAAGGUCAUUCUCAGCAAGCACGGUAACCCGCGCACGACUACGGAUAAGGUCUGCAAGUACUUCAUUGAGGCUGUCGAGAACCAGAAGUACGGUUGGUUCUGGACUUGUCCUAAUGGAGGUGACAAGUGCAUGUACAAGCACAGUUUGCCCCCUGGAUUCGUUCUGAAGACGAAGGAACAGAAGGCCGCUGAGAAGGCUCUCAUGGACAAGUCGCCACUCAACACCUUGACCCUCGAAGACUGGCUGGAAAGUGAGCGUCACAAGCUGACCGGCAACUUGACGCCCGUCACGCCUGAGACAUUCGCCAAAUGGAAGAAGGAGCGUCUUGACAAGAAGGCUGCUGAGGAGCAGGCCCGCAAGGCCAAGGAAACCACUGGACGGACACUGUUCGAAGAGGGCAACUGGCGUGCUGACGACGAGAGCAGUGACGAGGAAGAGGAUGAUGGCACGUGGAACCUGGAAGCUUUGCGGCGCGAGACGGAGAAAAUCCGUGAGAGGAAGGAAGAGGAACGCCUGGCAGCGCUGCAUGGCACCCCGGUGCCGGUUUCCAACGACGAGACGAUUGCACAGGAAGGAGCCGGCUGAGUUCUGUGCGAUACAUCCCCAAGGACGCAAAAGGCACUUGGGCGAAAGGGGUUGCGGACCUCCCCCACACUGGGCACGGUGUCCCAAGCCGCUGUCCGGACCUGGGAUGCCAAUCGGGUUGAUGG